UGGAGCAUGGAGGGGCCUGCCAGGGGCAAUGGUCAAGGGUAGCACUGAGGCUGACAGCGCGUAGAAUGGCGGGGUAGCUUCUGUGACUUGCUCCGCCAAUUUUGUGACGACAUGAUCCAUCCAUCCCUUAGCUCUCCGUUUGAAGCAUCCAACGGAAGCAAUUGAGUUCCAUCAUAAUUACCGUCCCGCCUCGGCGAAUCAAGUCGAUCGAUAACAGGCACUCUUCCAACACAUCACCGUCCACGAUGGUGCUCCCCGUCCCGCUCUACCGCCUCCAAUGCGGCGUCAACUCUUACGACUGGGGCAAACUCGGCUCCGACUCAGCAGCCGCCAAAUUCGCCGCCACGACGCCCUCCGAAUCCCUCACCAUCCAGUCCGACAAGCCUUACGCCGAGCUGUGGAUGGGCACGCACCCCUCGAACCCGUCCAAGGACAUCGACAGCGGCCGCACCCUCCUCGACCUUGUUGAAUCGAACCAGGCCCUCCUCGCGCCCGCGGUCAAGUCCCGCUAUGGCUCCAAGCUGCCUUUCCUCUUCAAGGUCUUGUCUAUCAACAAGGCACUCUCUAUUCAGGCCCACCCGAACAAGAAGAUCGCUGAGCAGUUGCAUGCUAAGGAUCCGAAGAAUUAUCCCGAUGACAACCACAAACCUGAGAUGACGAUUGCCAUCACCGAUUUCGAGGGGCUGUGCGGAUUCCGACCGCUCGCAGAGAUUGCGCACUUCCUCGCUUCCGUGCCGGCAUUGCGGCAGUUGGUGGGAGAAGACGAUGCGAAGGCGUUCAUUGCCACGGUCCGCGGACAAGAAAGCGACGACUCGUCUGAGUCAACCACACAGAACAAGCGCGCCUUGAAAUCCGCAUUCGCAGCCCUCAUGGAAUCCUCCUCCUCAGACAUCGCCUCUGCGUCCCAGUCCCUCGUCUCCGACGCCGAAUCAAGAGGCUCCGGAUUUGCCGACGGCGGCGUAGAAGGCUCGAGCGGGGUAGCGCUCUCGCAACUGGUCAUCAGACUCAACAAGCAAUUCCCGAACGACAUCGGCCUCUUCGUGCUCUUCUUCCUCAACUACGUUCAGCUCUCUCCGGGCGAGGCCAUGUUCCUCAAGGCGGAUGAUAUUCAUGCCUACCUAUCGGGCGACAUCAUCGAGUGCAUGGCCGCGAGCGACAACGUGGUGCGCGCGGGGUUCACGCCCAAGUUCAAGGACGUAGGCACGCUGGUUGAUUUGCUGACGUACGACUACGCCCCCAUCGAUGAACAGAAGAUGGAGCCUAAAGAGUACCCCUACGUCGUGCUCAACCGGGCCGCGUAUAGUUCCGGGUCUGAAGCUAUGUUGUAUGACCCCCCUAUUGAUGAGUUCAGCGUUGUGAGGACGGUGUUGAAUGGAGAUGGCUCGAAGGCCACAUUUGAUCCGAUUGAUGGGCCGAGCAUUAUCAUUUGUACGGGUGGCAAGGGGAAGAUUGCUGUAGGGCCGACGGUCAAGGAGAUGAAGGAGGGUUGGGUUUAUUUCGUGGGAGCCACAGCGGAGGUGGUGUUACAGUCGGAAGGGGAGAAGGGGGACGAGUUCAUUACGUUUAAGGCGUAUUGUGAGGUGGAGGAUCAUAGUAAUGGGGGGAAGCUGUAAUGGGUUUACGGCUUCUUUUGAGCGAUGAGAGCUGGGUUUGACAAGGAUACUGGCAUGGCCUGCUUAACAGAGGUCAUCCCUCCGUGUCGACAGGAUUGGUCAAAGGUAGAUGUUUUGACCGGAUGAACGCGAUCUGAACUUUAUGUUCAACCCACCAAAUAAAUGGUAAUGGAAAAAGAAACCAGCCGGCUGAAUAUGCAGUCAUGGCAGUUACGAGGAAAUGGACGCGAUGCUUUUUGGAAGAAAAUAUAUCCCUAGGUAGUUGAGAAUUUCAAUUCUUUUUACAUUUACUUUCUCACCAUACAGACAACUACAAUACUCGCCUACUGUAGCGCUGUCCGAAG